AUCUGAAUUAUAUUCAGUAUUAUCAAGGCUGGAGCUUUAAUUUCAGCGGCUGACUUGUACUGAAUCUGAAUUAUAUUCAGUAUUAUCAAGGCUGGAGUUUUAAUAUCAGUGGCUGACUUGUACAAAAUCUGAAUUAUAUUCAGUAUUAUCAAGGCUGGAGCUUUAAUAUCAGUGGCUGACUGGUAAUAAAUUUGAAUUAUAUUCAGUAUCAUCAAGGCUGGAGCCUUAAUAUCAGUGCUGACUUGUACUAAAUCCGAAUUAUAUUCAGUACAUCCUGCUCCUUCUGUGGCCGUGUACCACGCCUGAAAUCCAGCCUACAGCACUAAUCUGAACUAUAUUUUGUACAUCCUGCCCGCUCUGUGGCCAUGUACCAAACCUAAAAUACAGCCUAUAUUAUACUAACGCUGAUACCACAGUGCAUUCUGCCCCCUCUGUGGCAGUGCACUUAGCCAUCUGCCAGUGUAUUCUACCCCCUCCGUGGUCGUACGCUGUGCCAGUUCGGGUCUUUACAUCCUGCCCCCUCCGUGGCAGUGUACUGCACCCAAGUUUCUAUAAGAUGGCAGAACAGCCAGGCAUGUCGCAAUCAGCCAGUAUGAUGCCAGAUCAGCCAGGCAUGUCACAAACAGCCCAGCCACAACACUCCAAGGUGACUAAGUCUAAGCAUGUUAAAGUAAUGGCUAAGACAAAACAUAUUUCCAGCCAUAACAAACCAAAGCGGCCACGCUAUGCCUCUGUGCCAACCACCACCACUACCACAGCAACUCAGGCACACAUAAACGAUAUACUUCAUUCCCCUGCUGCUUUCUCUGACGAGGAGGUUUUUGCUGGCUUUUCCACUCAGCUUUCACCUAACCAGCCUCCCUCCGUUUUACCGCCCCAAACAUCUGCUCCAAUACCGGCUCAGGCACAAACAUCUGCCACAACCGGGCUGCAGCUGUCCCCUGAUUUCUUCUCCCAACUUCAAGCCAUGCUGGCAUUUAUCACCCAAAUGCAGUCACUACCACAAGUUCCGGCCAUACCUCAACUCAACAUGGACCAACAUGCGUGUCAUGAAGCUCAUCCUUCCUGCUCACCAAAUCCCUUCGAUAUCGCCAGAGGCAGAUGUAUUGACGAAGCCUCGUAUGCGGAGGAGUCAACCUUCACUGACCACGUUGAAGGAGAUGACUGGAGCGACGAUUCAGAUCAUGAGGAGGAUACAUCGUAUCGCUUGUUUAAUGCCUCAGACUAUCAGCCCCUGGCACGCAGGGUAGUUAAUACCCUUGGUCUACAGACUGCGCCUUCAACUUCUUCCACACCAGCCAUCAAAGGGGCCAAGGUUCUCAAAUCUCCUGCACUUAUUGAACACUACAUCCCGGUGCCGGACCCAAUUGCCAAAUUGGUAUCUGAAGAAUGGGCUCAACCAUUUCAAUCUCGCCACUUCCAGAACCUGGCUGACAGGCUUUACGCCCUAGCUCCGGACUUUGCCACCAAGUUACACAUCCCUGGCAUAGAUGAACCAAUCGCUCACCUCGUUUCACGAUCCCUUUUGCCCAGGGAAGGGGAAUCCCAACUAAAGGACACUACUGAGCGUCGAAUAGACUUCACCCUCCGCAAAAACCACGAGGCCACUGCCCUAUCCACGCGUGCCUCCGCUUCAGCCUCCAUUUUCUACAGAGCAGCUAUGAUGUGGCUGGAUGGUCUUCUAGAGGACACUAACCCUGAUCCUGUCGCCCUCAGAAGGUCACUGGUACAGUUGCGUAAGACAGCAGCUUUUGUGCCCGAUGCCACCUUGGAUGCCACUCAUUUGGGGGCACGAGCCAUGAUGGCUCAGAUAGUCGCUCGAGGGACCCUCUGGCUUUGCCACUGGCAGGCUGAUUCAGCGGCCAGAAUGAAUCUGGCCAGGUCUCCUUACUCCGGAUCGUUACUCUUCGGCGAGGAAGCUCUAAAGGCAGUGCUGGUUGAUCCCAAAGACGCCCACAAACCGGUUCUGGCCAUUGUCCAGAACAUCGACCAUAGGCCUUCCAGGCACUUUCCUUCCUUCCGUACUAACCAGUCCUUUCAAGGAACGCGGCCAGGAGGACGAGGCCACAAUGUCAGAUUCUAUGACUCCAAUUCAUCCAGGGGCUCCUGGAACCGACGCUUCCAGGGCAGAGACCUACGGCUGGCUUGUCAACGUCGACAAAAGCCAUCUCUAACCAACCCAACGCCUACUACAUCUAGGGGCAAUGUUGGAUACCCUGCAGGCAAUGGUAUUCCUGGCUCCAGAUCGCAUCACUGCCAUCACAAGCAUCGCAAGGUCCCUGAUGUAACAAACAUCAGCAGACGUCAUGCUUCUAGCCAGGGCGCUCGGAAUGUUCAUUUCUACAAUCCAUAUUGUGCCAUGGGCUCGAGACCACACUCGGCAUCUGCAAUGGACCUUACUGCCCUUUCAACAGGACAUUGCCAGCUCCAACCAUUGCAAAGUUCGCUUGAUCCCUGCACUGCGCCUAUCAUUCCGCUGGUGGACGAGGUCCCAACACCUCUCCAAGGGCACGCCGUUCAGAGAACCACACAGAUCUGUUGUAACCACAGAUGCCAGCCUCAUAGACUGGGGAGCCCACUGCAACUCCCAGUACGUUCAGGGGGUUUGGUCCACCACGGAGCAGACUCAAAGCAUCAACUGGCUGGAGCUAAAAGCUGUACAUUUAGCUCUAAUUCAUUUUCAGUCUCUGUUCCCUUUGGACCAUGUCCUCAUUUGAACGGACAACACGCGUGUAAAAUCACAUUUGAACAGACAGGGGGGCACCAGGUCUCGUCCUCUGCAGGACUUACCCUCCCUCACCUUCGUCUGUGCAGAACAUCUACAAUCCCUGAAAGCAGAACAUCUCAGACGGAUUUGGAAUGUGACAGCAGACUGGCUCAGCAGACAACAGGUGUUUCCGGGGGAAUGGAAACUUCACUCAGCCAUUUUCCAUCGUCUUCAGAGUCGGUUCGGCGAAUGCUCAAUCGACCUGUUUGCCUCCAGUCGCAAUUGCCAGCUUCCCAGGUACCUUGCCCGAUACCUGGAUUCAACAGCAGAAGCAAUGGAUGCUCUGACAAUACCGUAGCCAGACGGUCUCUUGUACGCCUUUCCUCCCAUACCAUUGUUAGCCAAAACCUUGAGGAAGGCGUGAGCCGAGAGGGCACAGCUGGUUCUGAUAGCACCAUUUUGGCCACGCCGACCGUGGUUCUCAGAUCUUCUGGCAAUGUCGAUGAUGGAUCCUUGGACACUUCCAAUCAGGCCAGACCUCCUAUCCCAGGGUCCAGUACUGCACCAGGACCCUACUUGGCUCAAUCUAACAGCGUGGCGUUUGAACGGGGACAUUUGAGGUCAGCUGGACUGUCUGACGCUGUGAUUGAUAUUAUUUUAGCCUCGAGAAGACCAUCCACUACUCGUAUUUAUCAACAUACCUGGGUGGCUUUCUCCAAGUGGUGUCAGUCCCACCACCAUGAUCCAUCCCAGGCCACUGUGCAUCAGGUGCUGCAAUUUCUCCAUAGCGGCUUUAUGAUGGGACUUCGACCCAACACUCUACGUCGACAUGCGUCCACUCUGUCGUCCAUUCUCUCAGUGUCCUCCCCUGGAGCUCCUAUUUCCUCACAUCCGUUCAUCAAACCUUUUUUGAGGGGAGUCGCCCUUCGCUCUCCGGCUGUUGUCCAUCGGUUUCCCUCAUGGAGUUUGCCGAAAGUUCUGCAGGCUUUGCAACGCCCUCCGUUUGAACCCAUCAGGACUGUGCCCCUACGUAUGCUGUCCUUCAAGGUCUUGUUUCUGAUCGCAGUCACAUCUGCCAGACGCGUUUCGGAGUUGGGCGCAUUGUCUUCUGCUCGACACCUCUGCGUCUUCCAUAAGGACUCUGUUGUGCUGAAGACUGAUCCUUCCUUUCGUCCCAAGGUCGAUUCAGUUUUUCAUUGCAACCAGGACAUUGUUUUGCCUUCCUUUUGCCCGAAUCCUACCCAUCCUCUCGAGAAGUCUUGGCAUUCGUUAGAUGUCUGGAGGGCUCUCAAGACCUACCUGUCUAGGACCCAAGAGAUUCGACGAACGGAGUCUCUUUUUGUAUCCUUUCAUCCAAGGUUUAUGGGGCAUAAAGUAUCCAAUCCUACCUUAUCCUGUUGGUAGAGGGCAUGUAUUACUUUAGCAUAUGAGUCUCUGAAGCUGUUAGUUCCAGCUAGUAUAACGGCUCAUUCUACCAGGUCAGCUGCCACUUCGGCUGCUUUUGCCACCAAUGGUCCUGUUGCCGAUAUUUGUAGGGCUGCAGUCUGGUCUACCCCACACUCAUUUAUAAGGCAUUAUAAAAUUGAUCGCUAUGCCACUGCUGACGCAUCUUUUGGCAGACGAGUGUUGCAACAGGUUCUUAAUGAGGAUUAGCAUCCGGUCCUACCCUGUAUGGGCUGCUGGGGUACAUCCCGCUGUGAUGGCCGGACUCAUAGGGAAAAUGGACCAUUGGUCUCAUCUGAAGGGUGAUUUUCCUAUGAGUCCGGACAUCACGACCCUCCCAGUUGGAGGAUGACUAUAUAUUUUCUAAUGUGUUCUAUAUUACUGUUACACUAUUAUAUUUAAAUUUAAAAGUGAAGUCAAGACUUCUAGUUCUGUUAUACCGCUAUGUUGGAGUCAUGUUACUAUGCAUGGUACUAUUGUGUUAUUUUCCUGCUGCCAGGCCUGUUGGCCUUGUUCUUGUAUUUUUAGAUAUCUCUCCUUAGACUUGCUGCGAAUGAACUGGAGAGUGGGAGGGGCCUGACGCCCCUAGUCUUGACUUCAAAGACAUUCUUGCCUUCGCACGAUAGGUGGAGCUAAUACCCGCUGUGAUGUCCGGACUCAUAGGAAAAUCACCCUUCAGGAUAUUCCUCUUAAUAUUGGCAGUAUAGAGAUUUUUGCAAAUAUUAUCAAUUUAUUCAUUGGCUUCUACAAUCGUCUCAAGGUGAUGUACAAUAAAACAGUUAAAAUCUGGUAAUAAUUAAAACAAACACAGAAAAGGCAACAUAUGUAUUUAAAACAGAACAAAAUUGACACACAUGGCAGAGACACAUUAAUACAGCUAGGAAAGUAAACAACUCAGGACCACAAAACAGACAGCCUUUCUCUUUUAUCUUAACAUCCUAGUAGGUCUGAAUAGGCCCUAAUCAGACCUGCUAGGAUGUGAAGAUCAUUUAAAGAGGCCUUGUUAACGGUGCUGUAUUUAACAAUAUGUCACUUGGAGGCAACACAGAAAUGGGUUGUUUCUGUAGAGGUGCUCACUCUGCAAUAGCCUCUCCACUCCUAUAAAGGAGGCACCUACGAACAGUAGGGUGCUUCUAAUACAUUUGUAUGCUCAGGCUUUCCCUGACCAGGUAUUAGUUCAUUUUAGAUACUCUGUUGAUUGUUUGCUGUUGAUAUUAUUUAGAGUUUGUUUAUUUUAAUACUUAUUUUACUUCAUAUGUUUUAACAUUUUAUUCUGUAAACCACUUUGGGAUCCUCAGAUGGGAAGUGAUUUAAAGAAACAAAUUUAUUUAUUUUAACAAAAUGUAUAUACCACUUAAUUGUAACAAAACCUCUAAGUGGUUUACAAGAAAUACUAAAAUUUUCUAUAAAAACAAGUAAUUAAAAACAUUUGAAUGCAUUUUUAAUACUGUAGUGAGAACCCAAUUUCUGGGUUCCAACUAGAUAAAUACUUUGAAUUAAUAAAUAAAUUUCUCUACAUUCAGUCUUUCAUUGUGGAUUUUAAUAUUAUAUUAUACUAUAUACUAUUCAGUAUGGGUGUAUGCACACAAAGGGUGGUAUUCAACUAAAUAGUAGCAAUAGCAUAAGGAUUACCACUAGUGCAGUGGAACCUCCCUCUCCCCCCCAUGCAUGCCCCACAUCAUUCCCAAAUCUCUGGUGGGUUGGAGGAAGUGCCAGAGCAGAUUUAGGGGUGUGGUGGAAGAGCAUUCUGUUGCGCAAGGAGAAAUCUUUGGGCUGAUGGAAUGUUAGCCUUAGCACUAUGUUGAAUACAACCUAGAGAGAUCACACUAUAAUCUUUCACUUAUAGCUUUGAAUUAUAGCUCAAACCUUUUUUUCCCCUUCCAUUUUAGGAUCAAACAGCUCCACGGCAAUUAUUGUUG